ACUGCAAACAAAAAAUAAUUCUGCGUGCGUCCUUUCUGCAAUAAGCUAACGCGUUUCGGCUAUUUUUUACGUUCUUGAAAAUAUUUAUUUCAGAACAACAUACUUUCAGCCGCAUAAAUACUAUAAAACAUAGAAAGAACCGGUUGAAUAAUACUAUAUUACAGGCGUUUAUCUGCUAAAAAUGCUUUGCGUGUGAGAAGAGAAACAAAUUCAACCAAAAUGGACGCUGUUGUGUUACACUCGGAUAUUGCACGGCUUGUGCUAGGCUAUUUGAAACGACAGAAUUUGGAGCGCACAUCCCGAUUGUUUUGUAAAACUUCGCCACAUCUGAAGCAGGAAUUUUCAGCGUAUAAAAAAGGUUUUAUACCACACAGCUUCUGUCCAGACUUGGAAGAUAUAAUAUGCGAAUAUGUAAAUAUUUCGCGCACUGUCGAUCGAGUUGUGACUUCGUUGCCAGACAGUCUGCGCUUGCAGUUGUUUGAAAGCAAAUUGUCGGAAAAAGUUAAAUUUCUGCUAGAACGCGCAUUGGAAUCAUUUCUAAAAUUCGAUCAAAGUGAAAAUGCCACACUAAAACAAAGCGAUGCUAAGCAUAGUUCAGUGGCCACCACUAGCUUACACUCGGAUAAAGAGAAUACUGCUAAAAAGCACAUCAAACGAAAAAGAAAACGUGCAUCAAUGGUAUACUCUCCCGAUGAGCAAAAAAGUUCAGUCGCAUUGGCAAGCAAAUCUGUGAAAAAGCGCCGUAUCCUCGAACCUUUUUGCUACCUCAGUGCGAAGCAGCUUAAUUUGAAGAGAAAACGUCUUAUUCAUAUAACCUCAACAGCAGACGAGCAAACACAGACGGACGAUGAAAUCGAGCAAGAGAGUUCCGAUGAAGAGGGCAAUGAAGUCGAGGAUGAGGAUGCCAAUGAGCAGUUGGAUAAUGACUCAGAUCUUUCACAAAUGGAAAACCCGACCAAAGAAUCAACACCAAAACAACUUUCGAUCAAAGGAAAAUUUCUAACGCCAUCUGUUCCGGAAUUGUCUCAAGCCAUACUGGAUAAUCCACAUUUCCGAAUGAAAUUAGUGGAUAACAUCAAUCAAGCUCUCAACAAUUCUACAAACAAUGAAUCACAAACAGUAUUAGCCAACAUCAAUACCGCAUCUGCUAGCGCAACAACAAACGCUGCUCCAUUAACGGAGGAGCAACAAAUUAUUAAUUCCAAUGAAAUGUUAGAUCAAAUGGUAAAGGACAUAUUGAAGGCCACUGAGAAAGAUCCCGCCUUUGAUGCAAUUGUCGAAAAUGUUGUUGGUGCAUCCAUGCAACCGAGCAUUGCUUCAGCAGGUGUACAAUGCAAUAUCGAUAGCAAUGCGCUGCCACAAGCUCUACUUCAAGCAUCAACUGGACAACAACAACAAACUGCUAUGGUUGGACAACAACAACAGUUUACGCUUGUGCAUCAGCAGCCGCAACAACACCAUCAACAGCUGGCUAUACCCUGUUUAUCUGCUGUAUCGAAUGACAUCGCAGGUCCAACUACAGCUCCACGUACGCCGCUUAUUAUACGCACUGCUGUUGCAGCAGCUAGCUCGUCAUUGAGCGCUGGCAGCGGUGCCGGUGAAUCACAAGUGAUUUCCUCGCUUGCGACGAAUAAUGCUUUUGGUUCGGUGAUCGAUCCGAAUUUUUCCAUAUCGAAGCUGAUAGUUUUGAAUCCCAAUGAUAGUGCCCAAAAGCACCUACCUCCUUCUGACCAGGGUAUUGGCAAUACCACUGCUGAUAAUUUGUUUAGCCAAUUGAAUAGUGGAGUCGAGGUGACAGAUGAAACGGUUUUUUUGGAUACCAACACUGGCCAGUUAACUAUUCCGGUAUUCUUAACCGACGAGGGUUUGCUGGCCAAUUUUCCGUUUCUCUGUAACAAUGAGGCGGUAACGCAACAGCUUCAGUCGGACAAUAUCUGCAACUUGGAUAGCUCCCGUAUUGAAAUUCCUUUACCAGAGCCCAUUGUAGUUUCAGCAGGUCAGCUACCACCGAACUCUGUCAUUGUUACAAGCGCGCAGAAAGCAACGGCCAUAGAAGAGCAACACCUACUAACCGAACAACAGUCGCGCACUGUCUGCAAGAAAUCCAAGGAAGGGCCAACACCCACUUCGGCAAAUGUGCAUUCAAAUGCGGACGGAGAGACGCCUUCCACCAGUGGUAUAAUUAACACAAAAGCGUUUAAGAGCCUUUCGACUCCGCGCAAGCGUACGUCGCAUGUUCGCACGCUUUCAUUUUCACCAAAAAUAGAAACAAAUUUUUCUAGUUCGUUGCGUCGCAAUGUGCUACGAGGCGGUACUGUACUUCCUAAAUCGAACGCAGGGGAUGAAGAAGAAUUGACUAACGCUGCAAGAGUACCAGAUAAACCAAUAAUAAAAAAUGUGGAAAUACUGCCCCGUUUAGAGGGCUCAGUCGAUGUGAGCGCAAGCGAGAGCAGCAACAGCUGUAGUGUGCCCCCUUUGUUUGUCAACGAGGAGAGCAGCAACCAAACCAUUAUUAAAACUGAAUUGUCCCUAAAAGAAAAUAAAGGAGCUUCUGUAAUGGAUAACAUGUCAAAGACUGAGAGUAAUACCAACUCGACGGUCAAUGAUCAUCCAGACACGCCAAAGCGCAAACAGAUACGUAGAACGGCAGUAAGGGCAUGCAAGCGCCGACUUUCAAAAGCCUCUGAUGACAAAGACAAGCCAAAUUCAAUAAUCCAAUUAGAGGAAAAUGAAACAAAAGAGAAAGUAACUGAGGGAGAGCAUUUAGCUAAAGAGCAGAGACAAACAAAAUUUAAUGAAGAUAAGAUGAUGGAGGAAUGGGUGCGUUUGCGCAAAGCCAGUACCAGUGAUCUCGACUCUCGCUUGCGGCAACUGAAUGCCGAACACUUUGCCGCGAUCCCCAGGACAGCGCGCCGAAGGAAAAAUACGCCAGAAAAAAGGCGUAGCAUGCGACGCAAGAAAAAUGUUCUGUCAAAACGUAUGCGCAAAAAGGCGGCGCUUGCUAAGUUGGAAUUCGAGAAAAACAAGGAAGAGAGUGUGGUUGCCAGUGACAACGAAGACUGCACAAAAACAAGUAAUGAAGGUGAUCAUGUGACUCAACCCGAAAUUAAGGUGAAAGAAAAAGCAGUACAAUCAAAGAACGGCCAAGAAAAAAAGCGCGCGAGUAAGGAUAAAUCAAUGGAGUUCAAUAUUAAAAUUCCCACACCGCAAAAAGAUAAGCGCGAAGCUUUAAUGAAAACGAAGAGCGAUCGCUCGGAGCACGCCACCGCAAAUUUGACCAGAACUUCAGCCAAUGAUGCAGUCGAUAAUACAACAGUCAAAACGUCCAUUAAGCGAGCAGAUGAGCAUGAGACUAAGGAACGCUUGGAACAUGAGCGGGAUCGACGCACUGCCAAUAUUGCGUGUCUGCUAGAGACACCCUUUAAGGUGCCUUCUACGUUGGGUGAGGUGCCACCGACUCCCGGUAUUCCUGCGCUCUCUUUAGACACGCCUGCAUCGAAGCUAGCAGAUGUGCCACUUUCAACGUCAUAUCUUUUUGGUUCCUUGACCAAAAGUGAGCUAGAAACUCCACAAUUAAGCGCUAUAACACCAGGGUUUCGUUUCACACCAUUCGGUUCGGAUGUAACACCACGCACUAAUGCCCCCGCUACAGAUUAUUCUUCUGGUGGUUCGUAUUACAAGCCUGAUGAAUCAGAUGACUUGGAUCGUAAAUUUGAUAAGCUUUUGCGAGAUUCAGCGCAAAAGCAGAAGCAAGAAGAGGAGGAAAAUGCAAAGAAACUGGAACAGCACUCCAAUGCAACAGAGGUUAAAAAUGCACUAUUUGAAGAGCAAAGACGCUCGCCGGAACUGGACACGGAGCAACAGGAAGCGGCCAUUUGCGUGGAAAUACCCGCUGAGAAGCUAAGAGUGGAACCGAUUGUACUGAAGCGAGUUAAAUCAUUUGGUGCUGAAAAUAUGGAUAAUGGCGAAGGCGGCGCAGCGCCCUUAAAUGUCGAUCCACAUUACACACUCGUUUCCGAGUUGCCUGAAAUAUGUGCCGAAGAGGAGUCGUCCAGCUCAUCGACCACAUUUUCCAGUUCGUCCUCGUCGUCAUCGGACAGUUCAUCAACCAGCUCGAGCUCGUCGUCAAAUUCGAAUACAACAUCACAUAAUGGGGACGGUGUAGAAAAUGACGAAGAACAGAAAGAAACGACUGAUGACUUAAAACUAUCACUCGAUAAUCUUUCUUCCAUAAGCAGCACGGAGGAUGAGGAAUGGCAGAAACUGGCCGUAACAGAGGAGGAGAAUUCACAGUUGGUGAGCAAUGAUGGUGAAGUACGCUAUCCUGUACGCAGUUGGCUGACACCGAGUAAAGUUGACAACCAGGCUACUGCCGACGCCCAAGAACAAGCGAUAGCGACAAAAAUUAAAGUUACCGUUCCAUUGAAAUCUGCUGAGAAACGGAAUCGAUUGGAGGAUGAUCUUCAGCAGAAGCGCGAACGUAUGAUGGAGAAACUAAAGAAAGACUCAAAUCAGCAACGAGCAAAGCAAUUGAAUCUGCCGUCAACAACGUCAAGUGGUAUUACAGCAGCGCUGAGUGCAACACGGAAGAUUGCAGCGAUGCGGGAGAAAACUAAGUGUCAACCAACAAAGGCAUCUACGUCGAUGACAGUAUCAACAAAAUCGGAACCAAAGACCGCUAAGCCAGUGGUGGCGGAAAAGCGAACAGUUGAAAUGCUGACUGCGCUUGAGUUGUCCGCGAGAAAACCUCAACAAGUCGCCGCAGACGAGUCCAAGACCCGGGCAACUGCUGUUGUAACGCCGCCAUUGAGCGCUGUUGAUGACAACGCCACCUCUACGCUUUUCUCCAGCCCUACAAAACCCACAACUACAACGUUUGAAAUAACCGAGAAAACUGAGCGAUUACCGUUAAAAAAAUGUAUUUCGAAAGUGAAAGCCAAGCAAAGGCAAUGUGUGCAAAUUGAAGCGUUGCCGGCUGUAAAAUCUGCGCGUUCAUCCUGCAUUGGACGCAAAAAAAUUGUGCGCAAGCCACUUGGCUUCAAGGGUACACUUGCGACCGAUGUAGUUGAGGAAGUCGGUCAGAUCGAGGAUGCGAAAUCGCCACUUAAAAUGGCAGCGAAAAGUACAGACGAAGACAAUGAAAGUGAAAAGGACGCCAGCGUUAGUCCGGUGCCCAAAAUUAAAAUUAAAACACCAAUUGGCACGGCUACCGUUAAGGGCAGUAAGCUGCGCGUUUCGCCGCGUUUUCAAGGCAACAAAAACGCUAAAGCAAAGAGCAAAGACGUAGACGAUGAUAAAGAAGUUCAAACUAAACCUUUGAAAACAACGAAAACUGUGAAGACGAGGGCACCUACUGCUAAGAAGUUGCUGGCUGCGUGCAUUAAAGUCACACCUGUGCGGAAAAGAAUAACGAAAGGUAAAAACGCGACACGAAAAGAUGAAUCGAAAUCAGUUAGAUUGGACGACGCGCAAGCUCAGCUUGCGCAGAAGGACACACCCAAAGCCCCAAGUGUAGAAGACACGAAAACAGAUGCAGUGCCAGAAAAAAUGCGCGCUGAAGAGACUAAGCCGGAUAAGCAGGAUCACGGUGCGAACGCUAAGGAGGAAAAACUACAAAAGAAAAAGGGCGCAGAUAGAAUUAAGGAAGAAAAACAAAAACAGGUGGUUAAAACACACAAAGCAUUGUCCAGGGAGCCUUUGGCCAAAGAUGUAGAACAGCAUAAACCUUCAGAUGUUCCAAUAGUUAACGAAGUUACCGAAGGAAAUGAAGCGACAAAAGCAAAAGAUGCAAAGCUGCUUAAAUCACAAAUUCCUUUGCCGACAGAAAUAACAGCGGCAACGGAGAAAACUCAAAUUACUGACAAAGUAGAAAAAACUGUUGCCGUUAAAAAGGAUGAUAUGCAGAAACUCAAAACUAGAGCCACAGAGAGCGGCAAAAGCGUUACCGAUGCCCCAAUGGAUAAACCAACUGAACCAGAAAGCCAAGGGAUGCUAAAAACUCUAACAGCUGACAGACCAAAGUUGAAUGAUGAAAAAGUUGGCGAAAAGAAAAUUGAAGCUCAGAAAAAAUCAACUGAGAAAGAAGUGGUGAGGAAAGAGAACGAACAGCAAGAGAACGCACGCAAAACGGAACUUGCUGAAACGGCUUCGUCAACACGCACUGCAACGCCAACAUCAACAACCACAAAUGUGGGCACUAAAACAACUGAAAGCUCAGAGGACGAUCCCUUAGAAGGUUGUGAGCUGACCACUGUUACUGAUGAGGAUCCAGUUCGCUACAUAUCUCUCACCUAUGCUGGGCCUGAUGGGCCACCCCGGGAUCCGUUGCCACGGCGAGACUUUUCGAAUUUCAAAAUGGUAGUUGCUUUCGAUGAAGAUGAGAAACACAUUUGGCGCAUCACAGAUGAGCUAAUGCUAUUCCACGCAUCCCCCGCAACGCAGCAAAUUCGAAAUAUACCAAAAAAACGCAAAGUGCGUAUAAAUACGUGCGGUAGUGAUCUGGAUAAUGUACCCACUGUGGGGGUAGUACAUAGCACGACAACCACGCUGGCAAGUACCAGUACCUCGACGACGGCGAGCAUGACAACUGUUAGCAGCAGUCGCAGUGCUAAUAAUGCCAAUGCCGGUUCAAGGGAGGCUAAACCGGUAGCGACUUCCACGCCCACUUCUGCACCAGCCACCAGCAGUACACAAGAAUCCAAAAAGCUAAUAUCAAAAGUAACAAUGAAUACCGCUGCCGCUUCCAGCAAAGCGUUGACUAAGGCUUCCACAACGCCGUUAUCAACAAAAACAACAGCAAAUAGUACAGCUGGUCAAACAGAAGUUCUGCAAAUGGACGACAUUGAAUCGCUACUUUCGCAUUUGCAUGGCAGUGCAAAUUAACGGAUUUCGCGACUGAGUACAUUCUGAAACUUAAAUUUUAAUAAAAUUUGAUACAUGCUAAUAGUGUGCGCAUAAAUGACCAUAUGUGUGUAUGUAAGGGAUUAUAACGCAAUAAUAUGUAACUUACCUACUUAAUUACUUAAUUAUUUAUAGAUUUUAAGUAUACUGUGACUAUGAGGCAACAAUCCCCAUUCGUAUUUACUAUUCGUCUAUUCGUUUCCUGUGAGAAAUGUAUCAUGUAUUGUAUAAUCUCUUAUGUUUGUCAGAACAAAUGAACUUCGAUGUAAAAAAUAAUGCAAAAUAAUUUAUAAGCUUAAAAUGAGGUCGCUUAGAAUUAUAUUUAAUUUUAGUUCUUAUUGAGGACACGUUUUUUUUUUUUGCUUUAAACAAAUCCGAGUAAACUCGUGAAAAGCAUGCAAAAUAAAUGAAUACACGUGAAUAAAUUUAUUCAAUAUGUAAUGUAAAGCUGAACACGGCUAGAUGGCAUUA